AUGUUUUGUUCUCAGAGCUCUUUCGAAUUAUUUAAAAUUUCUGAUAUCGUUUAUAUAUUAUUUCUUACGAUAAUACUUUAUGUAGCGAAAUUUUAUUAUAAAUAUUUCACACGAUUGAAUCCUCUUCCAGGUCCAAUUCCUCUUCCAAUAUUUGGUAACGUUUUAAACAAAUCAGGAGAAUUUGAUGAAUGGAUGUUGAAAUUACAUGAGAAAUAUGGUGACAUAUUUGAAAUCACAAUGCUCGGACAAAGAAGGGUAGUCCUUUGUCGUGGAGAAUAUGUUGAAAAUAUGAUGAAAUCAUCAACCAAAAGUGUGUACCUACAACGUUUCCCUCUCAUUAAGGAUUUAGAAGAUUUAAAUAUUUUCGGUACAGGGGUAAUAAAUAAUCAUAAGAUUAAUUCUUGGAAAUACAAUAGAAAAUUUUUCACUCAGGCCAUCCUUUCACCUAGUUUUGCCGAUGAAGCCUUGGAUUGGUCUCAUAAAUUAUUUUAUGAAAUGGAAGAUUAUUGGAAAGGAAUUGGGUUUGACACUCCAACUGAUUACUCGGCUUGGAUGCAUCGAUUUACGAAUGAUAUGAUCGUAGUUUUAAUUACAGGAAAACGAAUUUAUUCUUUACCUUAUUAUUACAAUACUCUAAGUGAAAAAAAGUCCGACAUACCUAUAACUUUAAUUGAAGAUUCCGAGAAAUUUAUUGAAUCGAUUCAAAUGUUUACUAUAGGAUUUGCCUUCUUUAUUUUUACGCCAGCUAUGGUCAGACGUUAUUUACCUUACUUUAAACAACGUCAAAAUCAAUUAUUUAAAAAGCGGGACUACUUUUUAAACAAGAUUGACAAAAUCAUUAAAAAGAGAAGAGAAGAAAUUGAAAAAACUCCAUUAGAGAAACCUCUCAGACAUGAUAUGCUAACAUCGUUUAUUAUCGCUAAUACUCCCCGUGAUAUUAAUAAAACCAAAAUUGCCGAAGAAGAAUUCUUGAGGCCUAUGUCAGAUGAAGAAAUUGGUGCAAAUAUUAGAGACGCUUUUAUCGGAGGUACUGACACGACUGCCAAUUCUUUGUGUUUCAUUGCUUAUUAUCUCGAAAAUUAUCCGGAAGUAAAAGAAAAUUUUCACCAAGAACUCUGUCGAGUCUUUGGAAAUGAUACGACGCGUCGGGUGACACACGAAGAUCUAGAUAAGCUUGAAUAUACCGAAGCUGUUAUUUAUGAAGUAUCUCGCUUAAAGCCUGUUAUUAACAUGUUAUCGAGAUAUAGUAAUGGACCUGAUGAGAUUGCCGGUUAUAAAUGGCCUAAAAAUACCCUAUUUAACGUAAGUUUUACGGCCAUCAACAACCAUAAGGCUCAUUGGAAAGAUCCUGAAAAGUUUGAUCCAGAAAGAUUUCUGAAGAAAGAUGAAAAAAGGCUUAAAGCCACGUUCAACAUAUGGGGCGGAGGUCUAAGGAUUUGUCCAGGACGAAAACUCGCAAUGAUCGAAUUAAAAUUUUUAUUGGCAUCAAUUUAUAGGAAGUACGAUGUCGAAUUGGUUAAUAAGAAUGAACCAUUAAAAUCUAAAUCCACUUCUUUAACCGUUUGUCAAGAACUAAUGGUUAGAAUCAAACCUAGGUAUAGGAAUCAUGAAUAA